AUGGCUCAGGAGGGCAAGAUUUCCAUCACUCCGCUGCUCAAGCGACUCUGGCCCGACCUGCCAGUGCCCGAUGCCCCGCCAAUCACCGCCAACGAGAUUGCUCUGGCCAUUUCGCACAUCUUCACCAACAGCCUUUCUCCCGUGCAGACCGGUGCACUCCUGACUGCCCUGCACUUCAAGGAGUAUGACCGCAAAGCCGAUGUCCUCUUCAAAUGUGCCGGCGCAAUGCGCGACGCCGCCGCACAAGUCGACAAGAAAGCCCUGCGCGAGGUCCUGAAGAAGAACGUGCGGAAGGAAGGAAGCUACCGCGGUGGACUGUGUGACAUUGUAGGCACUGGCGGCGACUCGCACAACACCUACAACGUCAGCACAACCUCUUCCAUCCUGGCCUCGUCGCUGCUCCGCCUGAGCAAACAUGGCAAUCGCUCCUCGACGUCCAAGUCCGGCUCCGCCGACCUGCUCGACAGCACUCAGCCGCGCGCCCCCGUCAUCAGCGCCGUCACACCCUCGACGCUCCAAGACAUCUACGAGACUACCAACUACGCCUUCCUCUUCGCCCCAAUCUUCCACCCAGCCAUGAAAUACGUCGCACCCAUCCGCAAGGAACUGGGCUGGCGCACAAUCUUCAACCUGCUGGGGCCGUUGACCAACCCGGUCGAGGCUUUGAUCGAGGCGCGCGUCAUCGGCGUCGCCCGCCGCGACGUCGGCCCCGUCUUCGCCGAGGUGCUGAAGCUGGCCGGCGCGCGCAAGGCGCUGGUCAUCUGCGGCAACGAGGACCUGGACGAGCUGAGCUGCGCCGGCCCAAGCAGCUGCUGGAUGCUCAAGGAGCGGCCCAACCCGGACUUCCGCGGCCCCAAGGACGAGGCCGACGAGGACUACACCACCUCCGACGACGACGAUGCCCCGCCGCGCACCAUUGUCGCCAUCGAGCACUUCGAGGUCGCCCCCGAGGACUUUGGCCUGCCGCGCCACGCCCUCACCGAGGUCAGCCCCGGCAAAGAGGCCCACGAGAACGCGCAGAUCUUGAUGAAGCUGCUCCGGAACGAGCUGCCGCCCGACGACCCCAUCCUGCACUUUGUUCUGAUCAACACGGCCGCACUGUUUGUCGUCAGCGGCAUUUGCGAGGCCGACGAGAGCAGCAUGGGUUCCGGCGACGACGGCAACGUCAUCACUGAGAGGGGCCCUGGCGGCUGCCGCUGGAAGGAAGGCGUCAGGAGAGCGCGCUGGGCGAUCGAGAGCGGCGAGGCGCUGAAGCAGUGGGAAGCUUUCGUCGAGGUCACGAAUAGAGUUAAGGCGUAA